AGCGGCCGGAAUUCGCGGACCAGAGUGGUCGCAUCUCUCGCUUCAGAUAUACACGCGCAGCGCAAGCCCCCAGGUCCGCGGUUUUCCAUGAAAAUCGAGGAACGCGCGGCCCACCCGACGCUGGCCAACGCAAACGUACCAGCCGAGUCGCGCGUAGAUCGUGGACGGAAGAAUGCCGCCGCGAGUAUCGUUCCGUCAUCGGUGACGAACGACCAUUUCGAACGACACGCAUCCCGACCGUAUCGCGACGACCACGGUGUGCACGUGCGACAUGACCGCCGCCCGGAGGAGAAGCUUCCGCUGAGUGAAGCCCGCCGCUCGUGUCAGCCGACCACCGCACAGGCUAGUGCGUCCAGUUAACAGAGACGAUCCUUUGGAUACGAGGCUCCGGAUUACUCGGCGUGGACGGAACAGCAGUCGGAAGAGAGUUGACGCGGUGUCUCGUGCGCGCUAGGCGACGAGGAGGAAGCAUCAUCAUCGGCCGUCGCGACGCCGGCGAAUGUUCCCUCGAGAGGCGACCUCGCGCGAUCCUCGAGCUGCAACAACGACAGGGGAAGAAGCAUCGGCUACGGAUGACAAUCGAAUGAACCGACCGGGUUCAUGACUCGCUAAGGCAAUCGCUCGCUUAUUUUUUAUUGUUAUUCAUCGGCAGACGGCUUGGCUGUGGCUGGCACUCGCGGUCCGCGUGAACGUUCGACGACAGGACGGUUCGCACUGCUGUUGCUGCUGCUCGUCUUCUCUACUACCUCGGCGAUCUCGCGCACGGAACGUGGAGAGCACGUCGUGGUCGGGUGUCGUGGAACGGCGCGGACGUCGGUCGUCGAGAGGAACACUGACAGUGCGACGCUCGCUGGAACACGGUUCCGCUCGCGGAUCCCGUGAAACCGUGGUGGCGAACGGGCUCGAGUGAGAGAAGGGUGAUGGUGAUUGGACUCGCAUGGUCGUUUCGCCUCGUAGAGCAGAGUAAGUUUCCACGAAGGACACAUGUUUGGUGGACGGUGUCGGGUCGUUUCCAUUCGAGGCCGUGUAAUUCGUUGCUGGCUGGCUCGGUGACUACUGUACGGGUUCGCACUCGGUCUGCCAGGACCACGACCACGAGCGAGACCACGACCAGGGCCACGGGGCUGCCCGAGGAGGUGCCGGUGCGUGGAGGGAAGAACCAGCCACGACGGAGCCCAGCGCCGGGGCACGGACAACAGGGCCCCCGGUGCAGGGAAGAAGCCAGGCAGAAGGGGAGACCGGGGCCAGCGUAGCAGCAACGGCCCUGAAACUACAGGGGAACAUAGCUACCCCCUUGCACAGGGGGGAAACCAGACGGAGACCUCGCCGACGGAGGCGACGGAAAAAGAAGCGACGGAGGUGCGGCACAACUUCGUUAGCAGGGUGGACAGAGGAACGGAACGUGUCUGGAGCGGCUUGGCGUUUUGAACGAAGGUACCACACCGAAGAAGAACUCUGAUUACCAUCUUACCCCCCUCGUGUACAAGUUUUAAACCUGCCCCCCCACUACCCCGCAGCUUGAUAACUCACGGUUCUGUAGUGCUCCAGUUUCUGGUUUUUUCUUUCUCUAUCGAUGAGUCCAGUGUGAUAAACGGGCAAAGGAACGAGACGCGAAAGGGAGAGAGAGAGAGAGAGGGAGAAAGAGAGGGAGAGAGAGCGGGAGAGAAAGAGAGAGAAAGAAGGAAGGUGGAGGAAUCCGAUGAUACGCUAAGUGAUUCACGGUGAUGUUGGUGUGAUACAAAAGAGUGUGCGCGCGCGCGUGUUGUCCGAGAGUGUGUGAGGAGGGAGGAGUCGCGCCGGAGGAGGUGAUAUUACAUGUAUAAAUAAUAGAAAUAUUCACGUAUACGUAAGGACGUGUGCCAGUGUGUCCGUACGCGGGUAUUCGAGUACAAAGGAAGAGGAAAAGGGAAAUAGAAGGGAAAGCAGAGAGUUAUUAGAAGCGAAGACGAUAAGGAAUACAGGAUUUCCCCGGUUCCGCGGACAGGGGAAAAGGCGGAAGAGGAAGAAGCGGAAGAGGAGGAGGAAGAGGAGUCGUGGAUGAAAAGGUGCGACUUAGGGAUCGCGAGGACUAAGUACGAAGACUAAUUGCGAGAGAAAACACGUAAAGAAAACAAGACCGAGGUGGCAUUAGAAGGUGGGCCAGGUGGGACAGUAGCAUGAGUUCGUACUUCGCGAAUUCGUACAUCCCGGACCUGCGUAAUGGCGGGGUGGAACACCCGCAUCAGCAUCAGCAGCACUACGGUGCCGCCGUCCAGGUGCCCCAGCAAACGCAGUCGGUACAGCAGCAAUCACAGCAAGCCGGGGAUCCGUGCGAUCCCAGUCUCCUACGUCAGGGAGUGCCUGGCCAUCACUAUGGGGCCGCUGGUAGCCAGCAAGAUAUGCCUUAUCCGAGGUUUCCGCCGUACAAUCGGAUGGACAUGCGGAACGCGACCUAUUAUCAGCAUCAACAGGAGCACGGCAGCAUGGACGGGAUGGGUGGUUACAGGUCGACGUCCCCUAGCCCCGGUAUGGGCCACAUGGGACACACGCCGACCCCGAACGGACAUCCGUCCACUCCUAUUGUCUAUGCGAGUUGCAAGCUUCAAGCGGCCGCGGUCGAUCAUCAGAGUAGCGUACUCGAUGGACCGGACAGCCCGCCACUGGUCGAGUCGCAGAUGCACCACCAAAUGCACUCGCAGCAUCCUCACAUGCAGCCACAGCAGUCCCAGCAUCCGCAGCAACAGCAGCAGCACCAGCAUCUUCAGGCGCAGCAGCAGCACAUGAUGUACCAACAACAGCAGCAGUCGCAGGCGACGUCCCAGCAGUCCCAGCCUGGCAUGCACCCGCAACAGCAGCAGCAAGCUCAGCCACACCAAGGGGUGGUCACGUCGCCGCUUAGUCAGCAACAACAGGCCGCUCCUCAAGGUGCGGCCAGUGCCAACCUACCGAGUCCGCUCUACCCGUGGAUGAGAAGUCAAUUCGAGAGGAAACGAGGCCGGCAAACGUACACCCGAUACCAAACCCUCGAGCUGGAGAAGGAGUUCCAUUUCAACCGAUACCUGACCAGGCGGCGGCGCAUCGAGAUCGCGCACGCACUGUGCCUGACGGAACGGCAAAUCAAAAUCUGGUUCCAAAACAGACGGAUGAAGUGGAAGAAGGAGAACAAGACGAAGGGCGAGCCAGGCUCGGGCGACGGCGACACCGAGAUCUCGCCGCAGACGUCGCCGCAGGGUUGAGAG